AUGGAGAAGUUGCUGGAUAUAAUGUUCCAUCAUGGUGGAACGUUUAAGAAGAAUGCUGAUGGAAAGUUGGUUUACUCACCUGACAAUAAAGCUUGCUUAGGUGAUUUAGAUGAGGAUAGACUUGAUGUCUUCUUCAUCAGGAACUAUUUCAAGGAGUUGGGAUAUGACAAGGUAAUUGAGUGUUGGUGGCUGGUUCCGGAGAGGAGCUUGGAGGUUGGAUUGAGAGCUCUAACCACUGAUGAUGAAUUAAGGGAGAUGUGCUUCCAUGCACAGAUGAAUGAUGGCCUAGUAGAUGUUUAUUUCGAACAUGGAGUUUCGACACCCGAACUGUUGGAGGGGAAAGAAGAUGUGCUGUGUCUGGAUUAUAUUCAACAAGAGGAGCCUGGUGGUGAGUUAAACAAGAAGAACACCCUUGAGGAAACCUUAAAUGAAAUGCCACAUGAUAAAGCUGAUCCUGACCCAGAACCUCCUACCCCAAUCCCCAUUCCAAACAGUCCAACUGCAAUCCCAGUUCCUGCUAACACUCCCAUCAGAAAACCUAUGCAUGAUGACACCAAGUCCAUGGCUGAUCAUGAGAACCCCAAACUCCAUCAUAUAUCCAACCCAAAACCCACUACAAAAUCCAAUACAACCCCAACGGUCAAUCAGAAUCCAAAACCCAAACAGAACCAGAAGCCCAAGAAGACUCAACCAAAGCCCAAGCCCAAUAUUACUUCCAAAACCAAGCCCAAAUUUAACCCACCUAAAAGAAUCACAAGAUCUCAGGCAAGGGGACAGUGGAGUGCUAACAAAGGGAAGCAAACUUUUCAUGUGGAUUUAACUGGAAACAGAUCCAGCAGUGAUGAAAGGAGUUCAGAGGAUGAGUCUUAUGUCCCUAUCCAGGAGGCCAGCUCUAGUAGUGAUGAUGAAUUGCUUAAACAACCAAUUAGGAAAGAGGUCAAGAAGGUUCAGAAGGCCUCAGCCAUGGCCAAGGGAAAGGAAAAGUUGUAUAAAGACACUAUUAUGCAAGAUGAUGAUGCAAUUGUGGCAGACUUAUCUGAUAUAGUAAGCCCCAGGCUCCUAACAUCAAACGGAAACCAGGAAAGCUCACAACCAAAAGAAGAAAUGACGCUGAUGAGGGGCCACACCAAGAGGGGAUGCAAACAAAAGAGAGCUGAUGAGCUUGCUGCUGCUCUUGCGGCAGCAGCAGCAGCUGUGGCAACUUCAAAGGACAAAGCUACUGCUACUGGGAGUACACCUGCACCUGAAGCAACCAACAGUAUCAAUCCGGCAACAUCGGCAGCUGACAUUCCACCCCCAGUGUCUGGACCGCAAGCUGAAGAGGUUGAAUUAUCCCAACCAAGCUAUGGUAGAACACAAGAUGAGGCACCACCACCACCAGCAACAAGGCCACCUAAGUUACCAACUAAACGGAAGACCACACCACAACCAGUAACUUCUUCUGUCGAUCCCAUGCAAGGAGCAACUGCAGCCACAGCUUCAAGGUUGGAAAGGUUCAUGAAGAUGGUUCCAACACCUCAGUUCAAGGCACCAAGGAAGAAAAACCCUUGA